AUGGGAAGCAACCCAUGGCGGACGGACGGACGCCGCGGAGCCGAUGGCGGUCAUGGGCACCGCAAGGAGACGGGAGCUUACCGCUCGCCGGAAGAAGGUUAUCGCCGACGCGAAGAUAGAAGCCGCGGGCGAGGCCUGGAGGAGAUCUUCUCGGGUCGCCAGGGCGAUCUUGAUGUGGAUGGAGAAGACGAGGUCGACUCGGCGAAUCGAGUGCGGGAGACGACGCGUGACGGCGAGACCAAGGGCGAUGACGAAUCCCAGGAACAAGGCGCAGGCGAGCAGCGCGACAUGCCCGCUGGAGUUCAUGACGGCGAUCCCGCGCAGACGGGCGUGGCGGCGGAGCCAAGCACGGCGGAGACGAACGGAAAAGGCGGUACUCGAGACCUACCGUGCGACGGGGAGAAAGGCGACGGCGGGGGGCGUGGCGGUGGCGCGCGCUCUCCAGAUCCGCGUCGGCAGCGCGACGAGGGACAUGGAGAUGGCGCACGUUCGCCUGAUCCCCGCCUGAGUCGAGACGGAGGAUGCGGCGGCGGCGCGCGCUCUCCAGAGCCUCGGCUGAAUCGUGCGGUGGUGCGCGCUCGCCAGAUCGGCGGCAGAAUCGUGGCGGGGAAAGCGAUGGCGGUGCGCGCUCGCCAGACACACGACGUCCGCACGGGGACGAGAGGCACGGAAGUGGCUAUCGCUCGCCAGUACGGCAGCAGCUGCGUGAAGAAAGGCACAGAGGCGGCUACCGCUCGCCUGAGCCACGGCAGCAGCAAGAUAAUGGACACGGGGGAACUGGGCGCUCACCGGAUCAGCGGAGGUAUCACAACUGGAGAAGCGAAGGGGAAUGCCUCUCUCCAGGACCUCGUUAUCCCCGUGAUGAGAGACGCAGAGGCGGCGACCGCUCGCCUGACCUGCAACGGUACCAUGGAGAGAGAUGGGGAAGCGAGACGCGCUCGCCCGACUGGCACAGGCAACCUGGAGAAAGCCGGGGAGGCGGAUACGGGUCACAGCCUCGGCAACAGAGCAGGGAUGGGGGGCGCGGCGGUAGGCAUCACUCACCUGAGCUGUACUGGCAGCAUGAUGGAAGACGUGCCAGUGAGGAAGGCCGGGGUCAACGCGACAGCAGGGAGGGAGGUAGCGGGCUGA